CAGCAUCAUGCAUGCACUGCUGGUAGCAGUAACAGCAGCAGCGGCGGCUCGAGACAUUGGCUUGCUGCAGCCACACACAAACACAUCCGAUCGAGAGGUGGUAGCUGCUGUUGCGUGAACGGCGGUCAUCCGAUCAGCGGAUAACGCAAUGGCGCCGGCGAGCUCGUCGUCCCCGGCGGCCGUGAAGAUGGCGUCGGACGGGGUGUGGCAGGGCGAGAACCCUCUGGACUUCGCGCUGCCGCUGCUCGCCGUGCAGAUCGCCGUCGUGCUCGCGGUCACGCACGGCCUCGCGCUCGCGCUCAGGCCGCUGCGCCAGCCGAAAGUCGUCGCCGAGAUCCUGGGUGGCAUCUUGCUGGGGCCGUCGGCGCUGGGCCGGUGGGGCGCCUUCCGCCGCACCAUCUUCCCGGAGUGGAGCGCCGCGGCGCUGGACACCGUGUCGGGCCUCGGCCUGCUGCUCUUCCUCUUCCUGGUCGGCCUCGAGCUCGACUUCCGCGCCGUGCGCCGCGCGGGGCCGCGCAGCGUGGCGGUCGCCGUGGCGGGCAUCGUGCCGCCGUUCCUCAGCGCGCCGGGCCUCGCGGCGCUGCUGAGGCUCGCCGUCCCAGCCUCAGCCCACGCCGCGUUCCUCACGCUCUGCGUGUUCGUCGGCGCCGCGCUGUCGGUGACGGCGCUGCCCGUGCUCGCCUGCAUCCUCAAGGAGCUCGGCCUCCUCGGCGCGCCGCUCGGCGAGACCGCCAUGGCCGCCGCCGCGGUGAACGACGUCUUCGCGUGGGCGCUCCUCGCGCUCGCGGUCGCCGUCUCCGGCGGCGGAGGCGGGGCCAGGGGCUCCCCGCUCGCGCCUGUCUACAUCCUCGCCUCGGGGUCAGCCUUCGUGGCGUUCAUGCUGUGCGCGCUCCGCCCGCUGAUGGCGCGCCUGGCGCGCCGCGCGGGCCCCGACCGCGGCGCGGCGCUGGCCUCCUCGGGCGCCGUUGUGGCGUGCGCCCUGCUGGCUGGCGCGGCGACCGACGCCAUCGGCGUGCAUCCCGUGUUCGGCGCGUUCGUGUUCGGGCUGUCCGUGCCGCGGGAGGGCGGCCUCGCGGAGCGCGCGGGCGAGAAGGUGGCGCCGCUGGUGUCCGGGCUGAUGCUGCCGCUCUACUUCGCCACCAGCGGGCUGCACACCGACAUCGACACCGUCCGCGGCGCCGCCGCCUGGGGCAUGGUCGCGCUUGUCGUGGCCGUGGCCUUCCUGGGGAAGUUCGGCGGCACGUUCGCGGUGGCCGCCUGGACCGGCAUGGCCAGGCGCGAGGCCGCCACGCUCGGCGUGGCCAUGAGCGCCAAGGGGCUCGUCGAGCUCAUCGUGCUCAACAUCGGCAAGGAGAGGAAGGUGCUGGAUGACGCAACGUUCGCCAUCUUCGUGAUCAUGGCGCUGACAACGACGGUGCUCGCGACGCCGUUCAUGACUGCUCUGUACCGCAGCACGCCGACGGCGACCACACCGGAGAGCGACGGGACCGAGCUCAAGGGCGGCGACGCCUGCCCGGCUUAGCUACCUCAAGCCGCGAGAAAUUCAGAGUGAUCGCUCUUUGCUGUAUAUGCAUAGUAUAUUGCUAUAUUAGUAUGCUGACCGAUCGCUGUUCAGGGGCAGGGUUGCAUAUGUGUAAUAUCCGAACUUAAUAACUGUUGUCGUGUGGAACAUUAGUACUAUGUGUGUUUGCUAUAACCGCAGGAGAUAAACCUCACUGCCUCACUUGGUUCAUGUCAAAUCUCUCAAGUUUCUAGCUCCCCAGACAGCAGGCUAUGAAUCCGGAGAUCCAAACAAAGAUGUUAGGGUGCAAAUUAGUGACCUUUAGGUGCAUUUUUAACACUCUUUAGUUCAAAUAUCUGUGCUAAUUUUCUAAAAUAGGACACCAUUUUGGAGAAAUAGCAUAAAUAUUAUAUUUGAACUAAAGAGGGUGUACACCUAAGGGUCACCAAUUUGCACCCUACAGAGAUCCAUGGAGAAGGUUUAGCUUAAUGUGAUUUAAGAUUUUACUAGCAUUGUGUAUCUAUUGUAGUAUGUAAACAAUUUUUCUUUUCAAAUAAGUCAUAUUUUUUGGCUCUUGAGUAA